CUGAAUGCCACAGUGCUGUCGCGCGCUCAGACGCACCAGCAGAUCUUGAGAGCUGGAGUUUAAUUCUGCUGCCUUGCGACCCAUUUUCUGCCUGUUUCUUACAUUGUCUAUGAGUCUUAAUCCAAGAAACCAUUCCAUAUCGCUUAGUGACAGUUUUGGACCAGGUUACGGAACAUUUUUUUUUUCUUUUAUACCUACUCUGGAUGUACAUUGUGACCAACGAUGUUUCAAUGGACCUGAAUGAGGAAGGAUUAUCCUUUUCAUCGUCAAAACAAUAAAUUGCGUGUUUGAACGAACUUACCAACGGAUAAAAAGCGCAAUGUUCAUCGCCGCGAUUUACCUCGUUUUCCCGCUGCUGGAUGUGCUGUUAUCUGCCGAGGAGUCUUACUUUACUAGCUCAAACCGGCUGGACUGUGUGAAGGCGAACGAGCUGUGUUUGAAGGAGCCGGGAUGCAGCACAAAGUAUCGAACUAUGAGGCAGUGCGUGGCGGGGAGGGAGAGCAACUUCAGUAUGGUGACUGGAGUGGAGGCGAAGGAUGAAUGCCGGCUUGCACUGGACGCUUUAAAGCAGAGCCCUUUGUAUAACUGCCGCUGUAAAAGAGGCAUGAAGAAAGAAAAGAACUGCCUGCGCAUCUACUGGGGGAUCUAUCAGCAUUUACAGGGGAAUGAUUUACUUGAGGAUUCUCCAUAUGAACCUGUGAACAGCCGGCUUUCUGAUAUAUUUCGACUGGCUCCCAUCUAUUCAGAGGGAGGGACUAGUGGCGGUCCCUGGAGCAGUCCCAUCACCAUGGCCCCAGGGAGAGGGUCCCAGGGCAGGUCAAGACCGCUUGAGCCUCAAGACCCCAGUAGAAACAGAAGGGCGCACCCAAACUAGGCUAUUCUUGGCCCCUUUAAACAAAGCAGAGCUGAUGAAGAUACCACUGUCUGUGGAUGGA